AUGGCCAAAAUAGACAUUCAUGAAGUAACUGAUGAGAAUAUAAAGUUUACCUUGAAGAACUGUACGUUAGCUCUUGCUAAUGCACUUAGAAGAGUAAUGCAUACGGAGAUUCCUACUUUGGCUAUUGAUAUUGUUCAGUUUGAUAAGAAUUAUACAGUCAUACCAGAAGAAAUGACGACCGAUAGAUUAGGGCUGAUUCCAAUUGAAAGUCAAAAUGCUGAUAAGUAUCAGUAUCCAGGUGAUUGUAGUUGUAAGGAGUACUGUUCGAGUUGUUCUAUUUCGGUCAUUUUAGAUGUAGCCAAUACGGCUGGAGGUAUUCGGAAUGUAACUUCUAAAGACUUCUUUGUGGAGGCCAAUGGUCCACAAGUUGGGGAUCCUUUGCAUCCUUCUUUGGUUACUCGACUGGGGAUUAACCAGUCAAUUAAGUGCCGAUGUAUUGCCGUGAAGGGGAAGGGUAAAACGCAUUCUAAAUGGUCACCCGUGGCGGCGGUGGGUUUUGGGUACGACGAGGAGAACUUGUUGCGGCAUACGAAGUAUUGGCACGAGCGGAAUAUUAACAAGGAGUGGCCGAUGCCAUGGUUUGGAAGUGAGAAUGGAGUGCCACAAACGGCCGAGGCUGAGUAUCGAGAACCGACUGCUUUUCAUUUUGACGUUGAAGUCGUGCGUGGGUGUUUGUCGCCGAUGGAAGUUUUGACGCGGGCAAUUGCUGUUCUGCGCGAUAAGUUUGGGCAGUUGUUAGAGGCAAUUGAAGAAGAGUGUUAA